GCGGAAGCUGAACUUGUGAACAUGCCCUUUAGACUCCUGAAGUACUUCGAGCCUUCUCUUGGCAGGGAUGCAGAAAGCUUCACUUACAUGUUUGGGACUUGUUAAAACCACAGAGUGGGGGCUGGGGGAAAGCUGGAUUCCCUUGACUUAAAGGUGCGAGGCUGGCAACGUAGGAGCCUAAGUUGGGCGCUGCCCCUUUAAGAGCUCUUGCCAUGAUCUUCCUGCUGGGAGCUGAGAAGGUGCUGCCGCGGUGAGGAGGCGGCGCGGCCAGAGUUGGCCCUUGGAGACCAGACCCGGGAUUGAGGAAGGCAGGAUCCCACCCCCUCUGCGGCUGCCGCGAGCAACGAUAUGGCGUUCCCCUGGGGCACUCGGAGUCCUCUUCAGUCCAGCCGAGGGGAUCUUCCUCAAGCCAACCACGAGGCGCCCUAAGGAGUAAGUAGUCAAGGCGCGGACUCGGCGCUUCUGCCUGGCGCAACCGAUUCCGCCAUGGGAGCGCAAGUCUCGAGCGCAAGGGGGAUCUGAAGUGCCUCGCGAGGCGCGGAUCGAGCUCCGGGCGCCUGGGAUCGCCCCGGGAUCCGGGCCACACCACCUGUUGCUCCGAGCGCACAGCCAGCAUCGCCGCGCGUCCGGGAGGGGGCGGCGGCUGCUGCUGCUUCUGCUGCUCUCCAAGCGGCACUGCGCCUCCAGUUGCGCCUCUCCGGGAAAAUGGAGAGCGACGGACUUUCCAGCGCGGACCAGAAGCUGAUCCGAGAGAGCUGGGAGAAAGUGAACAGCAGCCCCAUCGAGCACGGCUUGGUCUUGUUUACCAGGCUUUUUGAUUUGGACCCUGGCCUCUUGUCCCUUUUCCAGUACAACUGCAGGAAGUUCUCUACUCCUCAGGAGUGCCUCUCGUCACCUGAGUUCCUGGAACACAUUAGAAAGGUAAUGCUGGUAAUAGAUGCAGCUGUGACUCAUUUGGAGAACUUGCACUGCCUGGAAGAAUACCUUGCCAACCUGGGUAAGAAACACCAGGCAGUUGGUGUGAAGGUGGAGUCUUUUUCGGCUGUCGGCGAAUCCUUGUUGUAUAUGCUGGAAAAAUGCCACGGUCCCGCUUUCAAUGUGAAUGUGCGUGAGGCCUGGACCAAGCUGUACAGCGUUGUGGUAAAAGCCAUGAGCUGCGGCUGGGAUGUUCCCAGAAAAGUGGAAUAAACCUGGACCCAGGAUGCUUAAGUGGGAACAGCUCCGAGGAGAAAGCAAGCUUGCCUUUCUAGCUCUGUGUAUUUCAGAGUAAUCUCAACAUUUCUCUCUCUCUCUCUCUCUCUCUCUCGUUUUUUUUCUUGCAUUCCCCAUCUUUCUUGUGGUAAUGUGAUGACGCUCCCAUAUUUCAGUGUUGCAGUUCCAUGUAUCUGUUUGCAGGGGGCAAAAGAGAGCCAAGCCGGAAUUAAAAGCUGAAAUGCCAACUGCAGCUAGCGGCUUUCCUUCCAAAAGGCACGUUACCAUUCUCUUUAUUUCCCCACUGCCUUUCGAAGAGUAAUUACAAAGAUUUCUUAGCGCAGAAGGAUGAUUGUACUAGCUCCCCCCCCCCCUUGAGAUUGUGAGCCUGCGAUUGUUUCAGUGAAGCUAAGCAGGAGUGUGUGUAUUUCCUUGGGGUUAUCCAAGCAGUGUAGCUUCCCCCUGCCUUUUAAAGUGGGUUAAUUCUACAGCAAGGCUCCUGUUUGUAUGCCUGAGCUGCUAGAUGGUUGGAUUUUGAAAUGCUUGGCCACAAGUUAUAACUUGAAAGCCAGUGGGGGAAUGCAGCAGCUGCCAGUUCCGUGAGCUUGUGGAAAUAAAAUAUUGUAGUGAAAUUAGUGACAGAUGCGGCUUUUAUCCUGGGGAAAGCUUCCAAAAUUCAUCCUGGAUUCUGGCCAAAGGAGAGUCUGUAGAAUAAAAUCCAUUUCUGGGCAACUGCUUUGCUGCCAUUCCUCCCCUCCCCAGCCAUAGCCUCCCAGGUGCUUGGCAGAAUUCUCCUUGCUCUUUGCCCGAAUCUUAAUGAAAGCAAGUUAGUUCUUGGGGUUGUUUUGGAACCCUUUUUUUUGGGGGGGGGAGAGUGGGAAACCUAGAAAAGAAAUUUUUUGGUGUGGUGGAUGAACAUUUAAAACUCCCCACCCCUUGCUUUUCAAUGUAGGUGCAGAUAAGGCCCUUAGGAAAACUUGGUGGGCCAGGUGUGGCCUGGUUGUCUCGAGAGGAGGCAGAGGGGCUGUGCAUUGUCCUGGUAUGGACAGACCUUCUUGAUGAUUGACAGGGGUUCUUGUGGUUCCUCUACUUCAUCUGCUAUCUUAUAGGUGGCCUAGGAAAACUGAUUAGGCAGUGUGAAUGGUCCCACUGUCACCAUUGGUAGAGAAUGACCAGUGGUUCACAUUGGGCCCAUGAGUUUAGCAGGCCCAACCGUCAAGGCCUGGGAGCCCUAAUUAGGCCCAUGGCUGGAGGCUCCCUGUCCCAGUAGUGACAAACAAUUUACUGGGCCUCUAGGAAGCCAUUUUUUUUUUUUGCUUGCACUUUACGCAUGAUCAACAGACCAAAUGCAAGCCCUACCCGGUCAUAUCUUGUGAUUUAUAUAUGAUAUGUGAGCUUCCAUACGAAGUGCCAACAACUCCCCACUCGCAAUCGUUGAGUUUGGUUCACGUGUGAGGGGAACUCGUUCGUUGUGUGUCAAAGCUUAAUUCAGAGAUGUGUCGGAGUUUGUUGCAGUGUUUGUGGGGAGGUGCAUGCCUUUUUCUGUUUUGAGCGCAAUUUCUUUUUCUGAGUUUUCCAUCAUGUCUCUCUAUUUAAACUCCAAAGCAGCUGAGGGACAGCUAUUUUUAAACGUGCUUAGAGCCGCACAAAAGGGGCAAUGCCAGCAGGGGCAGAAAACAGAGAGGCCCAACUGUAGGUGGAGCAAAUGACAGGCAUAGCCAAUAAUUCUAGGUUCCCCCCUGAAUAAUGGUGGUGGCGAGAGUGCUAGCAGCUGGAUAAUAUUUAAAAUUCCUAGAGGCAAACAGAAAGUUGCUUCACAGAAGUAGCAAUUGAGAAAACAAAUAUUCAUGACCCAGACACGGUCACAUUCUUUUGUCAUCAGAAAUGCUUUCUCCUGCACAUAUGUAAGAACUGUCUUUAAAUGCACUGAUUUCAUGCUGUCUAGAAAAGAUAACCUGAAUCCUCAAACUAGGGUUUUUGAAAUUAUUUGCGGCUGCUUUGUAUUAAACAGUUGUGUGUCCCAUGACGUUAUAUAACUGCAAGCCAGUCUUAUAACCAUUGUGACUGAGGCCUAGUUCUCUGAAGCAGCAGGGGAGGAAAUAAGCCUAUUUCUGGGUUCCACUGCUUCAGACUCUGGCAGGGAGGGUAGACUUAUGAAACUGAAUGGUUCUCCAUACAAAAACAUUUGCUGCACCUAGAAAAUUAAAUGCCAAGGAGAAAGGGGAUAGCUUACCCCAACCCCAUGUGUAUAAAGCUGGGCACUUUGUAAGCUUUUCACAGCUCUCUUCACAUUUUGUGUGUGCCAUAUUUUGUUGCAUUCCAAAAGAAAUAAAAAACAUGUUGUUGGUGUA